AUGGCGGACGCAACAAGCAGUCCCAAGGCGAAGUCCACAGGAGACAAAUCAAAGAGCGCCUCCCCGAAUAGGUCUAAGACUGCAUCACCAGCGGGUGGACUAUCCCCAGGUUCUACUCGCGAAGAGGUCCUCGCAGCUGCCAUUGAAGUCGACGAUGCGAUCCCAGACAACGACUCCACUAUUGAGGAUAGAAUUUCUUCAUACACCGCCUCUCUGACUUCCAGUGUGGUCGACUACCCUACGGAGAAUGGUAGACGUUACCAUGCUUUUCGAGCUGGAGCGAUUGGGAAUAAGCUCUUUCUGGCUCCGAUCGAUGCUGAGAAAGUUCAUAAUGUCCUCGACAUUGGGACAGGCACCGGUAUCUGGGCUAUUGAAGCAGCAGAAAUAUUCCCCAAUGCCAAGAUCACCGGGAACGAUCUGAGUGCUAUCCAACCCACUUGGGUUCCGCCUAAUGUCCAUUUUGAGGUCGAUGACGUUGAAAGUCCUUGGCUCGGCUUGAAUGGAUUUGACUUCAUCUUCUGCAGGUACAUGCUUGGUGCUAUUGCAGACUGGCCAAAGCUGAUGGAACGGGUCUACGAGAACACAAAGGAGGGUGGAUGGGUCGAGUUCCAGGAUUACGACCUGAGCUUCGUCUCCGACGACGGCAGCCUCACAGACGAGCAUGAGACCAUGAAAUGGGUACAGGGAUUCAUUAAAGCUUGCGAAACGAUAGGCCGCAACGCAUGCCCCGGGCCUCAUCUGGAAGGAUGGGUCGAGGACGCUGGCUUCACCGACGUCGUGCAUCAGCGGUUCAAACUGCCCAUUGGACCAUGGCCCAAGGACCCUCAUUACAAGGAACUCGGAAUUAUCAAUCUAAUUCAAUUGAUGGACGGCGCAGAGGCAUUUACUUUCAGGAUCUUCUGCGACGUCUUAGGAUGGACUCGCGAUGAGUGCAUCGUCAUGCUUGCCAAGGUCCGCAAUGAGUUGAAGUCUAACACCUUCCACGCUCGCAUGGAGUUGUAA